UUCUAUUCGCUCACUGCGCUCUCAUCCUCGGUGCGGCUUGUGUCUCUGCCUACUCCCGUGCGUAAGUGCGCACAGACAGAGGAGUGAAGUGAUGCACUCCCGAAAACGCAAAAUCUGAGCCUGAUAAAAAAAGACAAAAACCUUUUGGGAAAGGCGUCUAAAUGCGCACUCGCUGGAGAGGAGUUCAGUUAAGUCAAGUUUAAUCCACAUAGGGUUUUUUGUUUUGUUUGUUCUUUUUAUUCCGCGCGUUUGUUUGUGGAUAAAGAUACGCGAGCAAAGAUGUUCAUCAGCGCGGAUAUUUCUGGACUUUUCGGCAUAUCAUGACCGUGCGCCCUGUCCCCUCUCUUCAGGUCUUUUCGUUUCCGCGCGAAGUUGAACGGAGGAGAGAGCACAAUGAGAGGGAAACACUUUCUCCCCUGCUUCUUGUUGCUCAAACUUAUGGCUCUCGUGUGCAAGGCUGGCGGGAUUCCAGGAGCGCUCGGGGGAUUCGUAAUGAUCGCCACCUCGAACGGCUCCACGCCGGAGGAGAGCGUGUCCGAGCAGACCCCGCACACGGAGGAAAAGUGUCGGGGUUACUACGACGUGAUGGGCCAGUAUGACCCGCCGUUCAUCUGCAAAACGGGCGUGUAUUUGUACUGCUGCGGUACCUGUGGCUUCCGCUUCUGCUGCUCCAUCAAGGAGUCGCGGCUCGACCAGGAAACCUGUACAAAUUAUGACACCCCGAUGUGGAUGAAGAGCGGGCAGACACCCUACAAGAAAACGAACAAGCCUCACGACAGCACUAAAGACAAGACGAACUUAAUAGUUUACGUCAUUUGUGGAGUAGUGGCGAUUAUGGCUCUUGUGGGGAUUUUCACCAAGCUGGGGCUGGAAAAGGCGCACCGACCCCAGAGAGAGAAUAUGUAUAGGGCCGUCGCCAAUGUGCUGCAGGGCGGGUGUCCAGGUGAGCAGUAUCGCGGGGAAGAGGCCCUAGGGAUGCAUUCGCAGCACUAUGUCGCCAGGGCCACAAACAUCCAGGGUGGCCAGAUUAAUAACAACGUGGGACCGGCUUCAAACAUGGGCCAGCAGCACCCUUACCCUGCCCUCGGCCAGCUGUCUCACGUCUAUGAGCAGCAGCAGCAACAGCAACAGCUCCACCAACAGCAGCAGCAGCAGCAACAGCAGAACAAGGAUCUCAACAAGUAUGCCUCUCUGAAGGCUGUAGCUGCCAAGUACAACGGCGAACUGUACAACAAGCGUCGGCUGAUGGUAGAGAUGCCAGCAAAAGGACUUCCUCUGCAGCCCAUGGGCAACUCCCGACCGUCCAUGGGCAACAUGUCAUCAGUGACUCCUCAGAUGACCACCAACCCCAUGGCUUCAAACCCUAUGAGCGUCAACUCUAUUAACCCCGUCAUGACCCCAAUGACUUCAAUGACACCCAUGACCUCGCUCACCCCAAUGACUUCUAUGACUCCUAUGACUUCCCUCACCCCUAUGACCUCUAUGACUCCUAUGACUUCUUUGGGUCCACUGACUCCAGAGCCAGUGGCCACUUAUGUCACCGAGAUGCCCAGCAUCUCCUCUGUCUCAACCCUGCCGACAGAACGGCACAUAGCCGCUGGAGGAGGAGGGGGACACAAGCCAAACGGCCAGAAACCCAAAGUCAGCCAUGGUCACACUGCCCACAGCUCUCACAGCUCUCACAGCUCUCACACUCAUCUUCACAGCCACAGUAGCAAGCCACCAGGACUUGGGGCUACCUCCCUGGCACACAUGGUGGGGACCAUGCCAGGUGGCACAUCCCUGGGCAUCUCCAGGGCUGCUGAGACUGUCAUUGGCCACGGCUCAGCUACAAUGGGCCGCCCACUGGCGUACAGUUCCAACACAAUUGCGUCCUCACAUGCGAUGGGGCUGGGGCUGAAGGGCUGGGACGGGACUGAGACGGUGGGCCGGAGGAAGACCUACGGGCACAAGAGGCCUCAGUGUACCAUCCUGGAACCAAACCAGCUCCACAGCACUAGAGGCCACAGCCACAGCCAACACUUCCUCCCCACACAGCCCUACUUUGUGACCAACAGCAAGACAGAGGUGACAGUGUGAGAGAGAAAGACAAGAAGAAAUAAAAAGAGAGGAACAGGAUGCAUGUGGAGUGGUGACACGAGUAAUCUCUGAGUGGAGAUACAGUACCAGCUCUUGAGAUGUUCAAACGUGCAGAUCUUCACGUGUGUUUGUGUGUAGAAGUCGAGGGUCGUUGGUUUACUGUGUCCGAGUGGUCCUUGUUUCACAAACAAAGUUCACGACGAAAUCUCUCUAAAAGACCUUUGCUGUUAAAAGGACGGCCCCCGAGUAGGUGGCAUCUGUAACCAUACUAACAAAGAGCCUACAGAGCAGGGAUGUCUUUACACUUGUGGUGAUAUUAGAAUGUUGUCUCACAGCUAAUAUCUACUCCGUAAUGAUACAGAUAUUGGAGAAUUACAGUGCGACUGCUCUCAGAUGGGAAACUGCUGAUAAAAAAAAUGGAUUGGUUUAACAAACCAAACCUGAGAAGCAAUAUAAGGGAUCAGCUGUAGGCACUGAAGCAUCACGGGUAAUGAGAAAUACGGCAAUUACCCAUAAACCUCUUGACAAGAGGUGUGCUCAUCUGUCCAGCAAAGUACUGAAGGGUUUGGAAGAAAAAACGCUUCCUCGUGAUUCACACCCAAAUCUCCCGAGGGCUUUACAGCAGACACACACGAUGAAGGCCCUGGGCUUUGGACUGCAGACAUGAGGGCUUUGUACUGUGGCUGUUCACACGCACCUCCUUAAGCUGUGCGGCUGAAGGUCGCCCUUUUCCACAAGAAACUCCAGCACAGAGAGCGGAGGCUGUGGCACUGGUUUCAUUUUGUUCUGAUCUCGUCUGUGUGAUGACAGCUGACCCAGGGGAGGGAUAGGGAGGCCGGGACGAAGCAUCUGCACGAUGCAAACGCACACAUUCAGAAAUACACGGACACAUUUUCUCACACAGAAUUACCACACAGUAGGGUUUUUAAUGGUUGAUGCCAGUGGAUUUAACUGGCAUCAAAAUUAAAUACGUUUGAAAAUGCUCUUUUACGUGACACGUUUGACUUUUAGUAAUGGCAGCUACAUCAAAAAGACCAACCUAAUCCAUGCACAGACAGGAAACAUCUUCAAGUUUUCAAAAAACAUUAAAUAGCACAUUUAAAAAACAUUUUAGACAACAUGCUACGUGGUAUAUCAGAAGACUGAUGCCACCUCUACAUGUCUACGUGCUAAAUUUAAUACUAGAGGCAGCAGAUAAUUAACCUAGCCUAAAUAAAUAAAUAAAUAAAUGGAAUGAAUGUUAGAAACAGGAGGGGGAACCAUUAGCCCCAGUUCUGUGCAAUCGAACAAUAAUGAAAUUGCCUUCAGGGACCUCAAAACAUCACAAAUUAAGAUGUUACAUCUACUUUAUUUAUUCUGGAAAAAAAGAAACCUAAGAGUAAAAAGGACAUCCUGUGGUUUUAAGUGGGGGGGUAUGUGUCAGACUAACUGUGAAGUAACUUCACACUACGUUGCCAGGCAACAAACUGUUGAACUAUUCCUCUAAAAGAAUUAAUAAAUAGUGCAAAAAACCCCAACCGUGUUCUAAUGUAGCUGUGGUGAGGAUGAUCACGCUGGAAGUGGACAAAAUGACCAAUUUAAUUUAGACUGUGUGUGUGUGUCCUUUUUUUCCGAGUGUGCAAAGAUGAAACAUGCCCAGACAUUUUUACAAAUUGGACCAAAUGUAAGAGUUUUGACCUGUCAUCGUGUUAGAGUUUACAGAGCUCUGGGAUUUAAAAAGUCCUAAAACUGCCACAAAAAGAGCACAAAGAACAAACACCUUGCUGUCGCCCGCGAGCCACUGCCACGAGAAGCUAGUCUCGAUAAGAUCACUAACUGUACUCAAGCUCCAGCUGAAAAAAAGGAACCUGGCACAACCAGCUGUAAGAAUCUAUCUGGGUUACAUGACUCAAACAUAAAAAUAAAUCCCCUUAAAUCUGGCAAAUAGGCCAAAUCUUCUAAGGGAUUCUCAAAGCCUAUUUGCUUGUUUUUUUCAUGUAAGAUAUAUUAGCAGCAGCAGCCACUGUUAUCAUGUAAAUCUUGUCUUCUAAAGUGCUUCAUCCACCUCUAUUAAUUCAGCGAAUUAAGAUGCUUUUUAAGUGAUCAGACUGCACUAAAAAUGAGAAGCAUUUGGCAGAAGCGUAAACACAGUUGACAGCAGACAGCAUCCCACUAACAAAGACAGAUUGUGAGGACAUUUUUGGAUAGAGAACAAGGAAGAAAAAAAAACAGGGGGUGUUUAAAGUAGGAAAACCUGAGAGGGAGAGGGCCACGUGACAAUCUUGUGAGAGUAAAAGAUAUGAAUAUCAGCGUAUACCUGAGACAGUUUUUUGCCGGCAUCAGCUGCACUGCAAGCAGUUUGGGCACGUUAUGGAUGGAGGUCUAAAGGGAGAACCUAAUACUGCAGGUUCUAAGUCAGACGCGAGAAGAAACACCUAGGCCAGCUGAGCGCACAGAUAAGGGGCUCUAUAAGAGGGAAUAUUUUUCCCCUCAUGCUGUGGAGCCCCCUGCUGCCUUCACGAUCACGUGACUGUAACCCGAGGCCAGAUUGAAGGCAUGGAACAGGAUUUAAUAAGUCAUCAGAGCAUUAAAAUGUGUCACCUAUACACUCACACUUAACACACGCGCAUACACACACGUGCACACGCAUGUCACGAACACAUUACAGGGUGGACUCUGCUUUCCUUGCGUUCCCACAGUGCCGAGCGGCAGGUGUCAUCACAGCAGAGAGACCAAGAGUCGGUACUGUUACUGCGCCUGUUGUACAUGAAAGACUGUGAAACUCCAGACCUUGGCCCUUUGUAGCGAUAACUGAUAUUAUGCUUUUUAUAUAUAUAUAUAUAUAUAUAUACAUAUAAAUUUACAUAGCCUUUCUCUCUUAAUCGAUUUCUUUUCAUCCUUUCUCUUCUACACUUUUUGCCCCUCCUCUUAUCCUUUUCUCUGUCAGUCUAAGGGGAAGGACCUUCAGAGUAAAUAUGUGAGAGAAAACAAAAAUGGGGCUGCGAUGAAUCUUUUCUGUAACAGCGAAGUUCAGGCACAGUAAGACAGUGAGUCAUAUUAAGUCACCUUACCUUGAUAGACGUGAUUGGUUUCCCCGUGCACACUGUUCUCGCAGCAACUCCAAGUGAUUGAGUCUGCGAUUCCAGAAAAAAGUUAUUUUGUACAACUGCGUGUCCUGUUUAACACUGCACACAUUUCACUGUUCACAAAGUGUGUGUUUGUGUUUGUGUGUGUGUGUGUGUGUAUACAUCCAACCCUGGCGGGUGAUUUUGUGAUUAUUGUCUUUGAAGGAGUCAAAUUCAAACAAAGUCAUAUUUAAAAGGGAUUCAUCAGAAUACAAAUAUAUAUAUGUUUGUGUUUGGUGAUGCUAUGCAGGAUCCCCCCCUUAUAUGUUCCUGUUUCCUGGCAGAUUGUGUUGCUUAGGACAGAGUUGAGAAACAGGUCAGUGUUUGCUGGACGUGCAUUAUCAGACCCAAUUGGCUUAAUCCAGCAAAGCAGAAAUGUGGAAAUGUGAACCCUCCUUGCAACCUCUUGCUGGCAAAUCUCUCAAAGCUCAUCCAGCUCUGCGAAAGCAGCCAGCGGAACAAUUCGUAGGACGGUGGAAACAGUUGGCAAACAAAAAAGCAACCAACAAACCCCCCACCUCCCCCAUUGCUCAUUGUAACAGCCAAAUAAACCUGAUAGAAAGCAGGGAAUUUGUUUGAGCUGGCUGUGUCAUGGUUGAUAGGGUCAGGGCCACAGAUGAGUGGGUUCAGGAGGCAGUCAUGUCUGACAUUCCUCAUCAGACGAGUCAGCCAGACAAAAAAAAUGCCAGAGCAGAAGGACACAGGUAGUCUGCAGGCUUAAAAAGGAGUUCAUUUAUUAGUGCAUUUUUCUUUUUACAGUCAGUACUGGCUUAACAUACUGCAAUAAUCUAUACUGUAUUAAAACUGCUACAUAGGGAAAAGUAAUUCAGUGCAAAGUGUGGAAGUUUUCAUUAACUUGUGGGUUGAUGGUGCUGACCAACAGAAAGCUGCACAGUACAUCUCUUGUAUGAGAGUUGUACUCUCAUUUCAAAUUCUAAUCCUGAUAGGAAAUUGUACAAAGGUAUUCACAAAGUAAAAUAUUUUAUACUUUCAAAUUAAAUGUAGGUUUCAAAUUAUGUGUAAAUCAUUUAAUUCGGCUUUUAUUUACCUCUCAUGCAGCUUCCCAAUAUUUUUGGAAACUGGGUUGUAGCUUAUUAGCUGUGCUCACAAAGUCUGCCACAGUUUAAAGGUUUCUCUUUACUGUUUUUUUUUUUUCUUCUCACUGGUUGGAUGGAAAUUAAAUGAAGAGUGGAGGCGCAAUUGACCUAAUUAUAGUAAUCAGACCUAAGUUAGAGGGUGCAGCGGUUCACCGGUACAUUGGUCAGCAGCAGAGGUGUGAGCAGGCAGCAGUCUAUUGGAGCGUUUACCCUGAGGUUAUACUGCAGCAAUGCUUGUGCUGUAGAUUCAUUAAUUACCUCAUUAGUAGAUGCAAUAGGUCAACCGAUUUUAGACCUAAUUUCCAGUGAGGUGUAUCUGGCUAGUCACUUUAAUCAAACUAAAUUCUGGUGUCUGGUGCAACUGCAUUCGCUGCAUUUGCAUUAGACCUGCAAAUGUUCGCUGGUCUUGAUAGACUGCCAUUGUUACAGUAAACUACCUGUGUCAUCUGCUUUUUAUAAAUUAAUGCAUUGUUAGCAUUCUACCCAGCCUGUCCUGUAGGCCUGGCCCAAAGUUGUGCAGUGUGACAUCAUUGCUGCAUUAAACUAAUUUAUUGAUGAACUGACAGUAAACAGCAGCGAGCAAUGAUCACAAGAACUAAUAUUGAUAAUCAAUCUCCAACUCCUCACACCCAACUGGUCACAGCAGAUGGCUGCCAGUCCCCGAGCCUGGAUUUGCCAGAUGUUUCUUCCUGUUUGAAGGGAGUUUUUCCUUCCCACUGUCACCAAGUGCUUGCUCAUAGAGGGUUUAUCGGAUUGUUGCGGUUUUCUCUUUGUUAUUCCAGGGUCUUUACCUUACAAUAUAAAGCACAUUGAGUGGACUGUUGUUGUGAUUUGGCCCUAUCUAAAUAAAAUAAAAAUGAAUUGAAUUGACACUAUCGUGUUAAAAGGGGGUAAAGGAAGAGCUGACAGGCAAGCAAAGAAUAACUUACCCACUCACAAAAAUACCUAGAGAAGUACUAGCAGCCACAAACUGAGUAUUAUAAGAGCUUGGGCAACACAUGCGUAACUGAAGGACAAAAAAAAGGUGAAUGUGCCUGGGAUAUAAAAAUUGGGGAUUAAAGCCCUCCCUCCCCUCUCUUGUUUUUGGAGUUACCUUAAUAACAAGUUCUCCUGUUCAGCAGAGCAACCAGAGUUUUAGAUAGAAGCGCUCAGCAAAAUAUCUACAAAGGGUAUUCAGUAAGAGACAGAAGAGGAGCUGCACUGGGGCCUGUGGCCAGGGGGCUUUAUUAGUUCUCACUGUGGUCUUUAAUCACCAAAACCCGAAGAAAUGCGGGAAAGAGCUUUGAUGCUGCAACAGGGACUCCACAGUCCACAGAGGCGCACAAAGACAGAAGAGGGAAAUUAAUGUCAAUAGUUGGGAGAAGCUUUGAAUUAUUGAUACAGUAAAAAUGGUGGUGCAUGGCGCAUGAGUGCUAACAGCUGUGAAUCAAAGACAAUUGUUGGAUCUCACACACACACAUACACAUACACACAAACUCUUCUUUCCAGUGUUUUGUGUUGCUCAAAUGAUUGAUUAUUACUGCAGCACAUGCAGCUCGAUAGAUUCUUGCAUCAAAAUCGGCUAUCUAUGCGUAUGCACUGGAACAUUGUGUUAGCUCCUUUGGGCCUUUUUUUUUUUACACUGUGUCCUAUUUAAGCUGAAGAUGUGAAGCAUGGAUUGUUCUUGAUGUCAGUCUAAAUCAGGAAAACGCAGCUGUCUGUAUAUAUUCAUUUCUUAUUUGCAAAGUAGUAAAGAAAGACCGCCCCAACCCCACCCUUUAAUUAGAACAGAUAAAAACGCGACGUGCUCGUUUUGCCGAAGAAAAGACAGAGGAGGGUCGUCAAGACUGCAAAAUGGGAUAUGUACAGUUCAUCAGAAUGACACAAAAGGGCUCAAACACAAGAUACGUUUUUCUCCACUCUUUAAUUUCUCUGCUCUUUACUGUUGUUAUUUGCUGGGCUUAGUAGUGUUGUAAACAUGACAGCUAAUGGAAAAGCAGCAUCUUUGUGACCAUACAUCCCGAGAUUACCGUGUUAUCAAAGACGGUUCUCGUCAACUAUGUUUACAACUUUGUAUAGCAUCAAUCCUUACGUGCAGUGUUUUCUCCACCUGGAGCUAUCUACUUAUGCACAGAAGCAGAGGAGAUGCGGUGUUUGUUGUCCAGUAACGCUCAACAUUUGUUUUAAAGUGGACCUAUUACGCUAUUCCUUAUUUUAUGUCAUGUAUAUACAAUUCUCAUAUUAAACCGGGGCCACGUAUCAAUUAAUGAGGACAGCAUAUGUGAAAGUAAUCCCUGUAAGCUAGCUUUUUUUUUGUUCUGUAUGAUGUCAAGGAAAGCAAAUAUCUAGGGCUUACUGAGGGCAGAGAAGCCCCUCCCACCUGCUGUUGUUCUUUUAUUUGGGAGGACGGCCAAUCAGAAGAAAGUUAGCUUAUAAGCGAGGGUGGCCUUAAAGAGACAGGCACUAAAAAGGCUUGUUUCAAACAGUAGAUAAACUGGGGGCUUGUGUAUUAGCUGCGAAUCAGAUAUGUAUUGAUUAUUUGAGCUGUGAAUCAUGCUACUCUAGUGAAGUCCAAGAAUAAAUACAUGAAGCCUGAAAUGAGCACAGCAGACCCCUUUUUCUAUGGUUUGCGCCUACGGUCGACUUCAUAUGUAGGGUUUUUAUCAGAAGGUAAUUUUAAAUAUAAUCUAAUUACUAUUAGGAUUCAAAGAAAUACUUUAGUGACAGUGCAUUUAAAUGUAAUCUGCAUAGUGACUUCUACUAGGGCCCAAAGUUAAAGGGUUUUCCAUCAGUUUUGAAGAAACAACAAGCUAUUUGCAGUAAAACUAUGAUCCAUUAGUAUAUCUUUUUAUAGAAUAAGUCACUGAUUAACUCAUUUGAGUGUUAUUCAAGCAGUACAUACAAAGUUACCUAUAGGAGGUCCAGUUUUCUAUUUUUGAUGUCCAGACCAGUUUGUUGUACUUAUGCAUAUGUGUUUAUGGAUACAUAUGGCCCCAACACUGCAUUUAUGCGUAACAAGUAAAGCAUAUUUUUUAAUGGUAGAGCCCCCAUCUCCCACUAUUGUUUGCAGAGUAGCUUAUAAUAUGCACCGUGAUGCCCCAUUGUCCUUUUACUGUUUACUGACUUUAUAAUUUGUGGAAUUAAGUUAUGAAGAAGCUGUAUUUUGGUACUAUUCAGAUAUUGUUAAGAAAAAAAGAAAUAUAGCAGAUGUAUUGUCCAAGAAAUAUAUUACCAUAGUGUUGCUAUGACUGUCUAUUUUUCCUUUUAUUUUAUUUUAUUUUUUUGGCGGGGGGUGGGGGGGUGGUGGUUGAUAGGGAUAUUUUUGUUCUUCUUUUGUUGUUGAUUUGCCAUCUGACAGUACAGUAUAUCACCAUUGUUCUAUAUACGACUUUCUUACGUGGCAAUAAAAGAUGACUUCUGUAACAGCGC